GUGUUUUUCUCCUUCUAUUAGGUCUCUCUGCAAUGCAAUCAAUGUUUACAACCUCACCUGCAAUAACUGUUCAGAAAACUGUACCAAUGUUCUGUUUAGUAACAAGAUUACCUUCUUAAUGGACCUCCUGAUACACCAGUUGACGGUUUAUGUUCCAGAUGAAAAUAAUGCUAUUUUAGGAAGAAAUACAAAUAAGCAAGUGUUUGAAGGCUUGGCAACUGGACUUCUCAAAGUCAGUGCUGUGGUUUUUGGCUGCUUGAUUGCCAAUCAACCAGAUGGAAACAGCCGGCCAGCUACACCAAAAAUAUCAACACAGGAAAUGAAAAACAAGUCCUCACAAGGUGAUGCUUUUAACAGUCGUAUUCAGGACCUCAUCAGCUACAUGGUGAACAUAGGCCUGAUUGACAAGCUCUGUGGCUGCUUCCUGUCUGUGCAAGGCCCAGUGGAUGACAACCCCAAGAUGACUGAAUUUCUGCAGCAUGCUUCAGGUCUCUUACAUGGGAUGUGUACACUCUGCUUUGCUGUCACCAGAAGGUCAUACAGCAUAUUUGAUGAUAAUCACCAGGACAGCACGGGACUGACAGCUGCUCUUCAGGCCACAGACCUGGCUGGGGUGCUGCACAUGCUCUACUGCGUGCUCUUCCACGGCACCGUCUCGGACCCCAGCACCGCCAGCCCCAAGGAGAGUUACGCUCACAAUACAGUGCAAGUGGCCAUUCGGAGCCUGCGCUUCUUCAACAGCUUUGCGGCUCUUGAUCUGCCUGCUUUUCAGUCUAUUGUAGGGGCAGAGGGCCUGUCCCUUGCCUUCCGGCACAUCGCCAGCUCCCUGCUAGGCCACUGCAGCCAAGUCUCCUGUGAAAGCCUCCUACAUGAGGUCAUCGUCUGUGUGGGCUACUUCACCGUCAACCACUCAGAUAACCAGGUCAUCGUACAGUCAGGCCGCCACCCCACGGUGCUGCAGAAGCUCUGCCAGUUGCCCUUCCAGUAUUUCAGCGACCCACGGCUGAUCAAAGUGCUGUUCCCUUCGCUUAUUGCUGCUUGUUACAACAACCGUCAGAACAAGAUCAUUCUGGAGCAGGAGAUGAGCUGUGUUUUACUGGCCACGUUCAUCCAGGAUUUUGCACAGACUCCAGGUCAGGCAGAUAACCAGUCUUAUCAGCCAAAAGGAAAAUGCUUUGACUCCCAAGACUAUCUUGAACUGGCUAACAGGUUUCCUCAGCAGGCCUGGGAAGAAGCUCGGCAGUUUUUCUUAAAAAGGGAGAAAAAAUAAAUGUUUUGGUUGGUUCUGUA